UGCGCCCUCCCUAUCGGUUAUUUCGCCUUCAGAACCAAAACCAGAAGAGAGAAAGAGAGAGAGAGAGAGAGAGAAUCGAUCGUUUCUGGAAUUCAGGAGUAAUGGCGAAGACGAAGAAGGAACUACUUUCUUCCGCUCCAUGGAGAGGUGAAGAAGAGGAUAAGUUUAAAGACGCAAAAAUGAAGGUCACCAGUCAGCCUGGCUCCACUCCUACCAUGUAUGUUCCUGGCAAGAAGUCUGCAAAUUCUCAUCAUCAUGCCGAAGAUGCCGAUGAUUCUCUCUCCGAGAUAGAUCCCGAACUCCGUUAUAGUUUCCAGCGUAACUUCCAGUUUCUUCAGAGUGUGUUCAGUAUUGACACUGUAGUGAAGCCUCUUCCUCCAGCAAUGGCGUACAACGUUUCUCGUAACCUGAGCUUCUUCACCCGAAUCUUCACUCAAUUCUUCGACCCCGAGGGUAUUUCGAAUGCCCAGAAGUCGCUUGGAUUAGGACAAGAAGAGAAAGUUCGUCGCGUUCGCUGAAGGAAACAUCUAUUGCACCUUUUUUCUUUUCCUUUCAGCCCUAGAUUGAGGUAACUGUUUUUUAUGUUCAGUCUUCAAACAUCUUCCAUAAAACAUAUUAAAUUUGUAGUACUGACUUAUUAUUAAAAGUAAUAUUUAUGUUUAAUUUGAUAAAUAUAUAAGGAUUGUUAUACUCUUUUACAUUGAUUA